CAUCCAUCUUGGGUCCUAACAGCAGCACACUGCGUUGAAACACGAGAGGGGCUUAAAGUGAAACUUGGUGUGUUUCACAGAAUCCAGAAGGUUGUUUCUCCUCUGUCAAUAUUUGUGACUGGUUAAUGAUCAAUCUCUUGACCUCAUGGCUGUUCCUGGUGUACAUCCAAAUCUCUCUUCUGUCUUCCCUUAAGAAAACAGAAAAGAAAAGGGAAAAAAGUAAGCAGCAGGAAGCCAGAGGAUUCCAAAAACUCACUAAAAUGGAGAGAGGUUCCUCACUUGUGAUGUUUCUCCUACUAAUGUGCUCCAUCAACAGCAGCUGUCCAUAUUCAGUGUUUAUAAGAAAAGAUAAAGCACAUGAGGUGCUGAAGGUCCAUAAACGUGCCAACUAUUUUCUGGAAGAGAUUCGUCCAGGAAACUUGGAGAGAGAGUGCAUUGAGGAAAAGUGUUCCUUUGAGGAAGCCAAGGAGAUUUUCCACUCACAGGAGAAAACGAUGGAGUUUUGGUUCAAUUACAAAGGUUUAAAUCCAUGUAACGCAAAUCCCUGCAAGAAUGGUGGAAUCUGCAAAAUAAGACACUACAAUUAUUUCUGCAUCUGCCCUCCAAAAUUUGGAGGAGAUAACUGUGAAAGAGAAAAGCUGGAGUGCUGGUAUAAGAACGGGGGGUGCUGGCACUAUUGCCAAGACACUGAAAGAGCCUUUCAUGUGGUGUGUUCCUGCGCAAAGGACUAUACCCUGCAUGAGGACGGGAAGAAAUGUGUGCAGUCAGCACCAUUUCCGUGUGGACUUGUUAAAGUCAGACGUGAUUUGGAGCAAGAGCCUCUGGGGCAGAAAAUGGUACCGAGAAGCCUGCGAGAGCUGGAGAACAAUGUGACUGAGUGGAAUGGGAGCAUGGAGGGCACCGUUAGCCAAAAGGAGAUGGGUGCUGCCAGGGAGACCAAGCCCUUAGAGACUGCUGUUGGGCGAAGCAAGAUCACGGAGGGUGACUGCGGGCAGAACGGGUUGGCAGAAGAUGCUUCCAGCUGGAACAAGACAAUAGUGGAGGAUGGUGCUGCUGGGCAGGAGAACGUCCCUGAGCAAAGUGAGACUGUGCAGGGGACCACCAGGCCUAACACAACUGGGAGAGGCAAAAGUAGGUGGUGUGAGCAGACGGGUGCUACGUGGCAGAAUGCAACAACACAAGCUACUGCUGGGCAGAAUGAAACAGUGGAAAAUGCUGCUGGGCAAAACCAAACCGCUGAGCGCAUUGCUGGCCAGAACGGAAUAGGGGCAAUUCAAAACGUGCACAGAGAGCUUCACCAGCACGAGGGUGGGGAAAAUGUUCCAGUCAAGACUUGGUACACCCAGCUAAACAUCAAUACUUCAGAACAUGAUGAUUCCAGAAUAACCGGAGGAACACUGUGUCACCGUGGACAUUGUCCCUGGCAGGUUCUGAUCCGAAGUAGCAGAGAUGUUGGUUUCUGCGGGGGGACUUUGAUCAGCAGUCGGUGGGUGGUCACAGCUGCCCAUUGCCUCGAUCUUGUGAGACCGCACCACGUUACUGUCGGAGACUUUGACAAAUACCAAAGAGAAAUGAAAGAACAGAAGAUUGACGUGGAACGGAGCUGGACACAUCCCCACUACGACUCCAAUAACUACAACAGUGACAUUGCCUUGUUAUACUUGAGCAGCGAUGUUGUUUUUAAUGAGUACGCGAUCCCCAUCUGCCUUCCUAGCCCCAACCUUGCAACCCUGCUAACCGAAGAAGGAAGAGUGGGGAUGGUCAGUGGAUGGGGGGCCACCCACUACAGAGGCGCUACUCUGCGCUUCCUCAUGAAAGUCAAGUUGCCCAUCGUAAGCAUGGACACGUGCCAACGGUCAACAGAUAAACUGGUUACUGAUAACAUGUUCUGUGCUGGCUACGAGGCUGAAGCUGAAGACGCCUGCAAAGGGGACAGUGGUGGCCCUUUUACCGUAUCUUACCACAACACUUGGUUUCUCUUAGGGAUUGUCAGCUGGGGUGAAGGCUGUGCAGAAAAAGGAAAAUACGGUGUAUACACUCGGGUAUCCAAUUACCUUCCAUGGAUUAAAGAGGUUGUUGAAAGUGUAUCAGAAUCUGAGAAGAUUUUGUAUUAACUAUUCCUUAGACAUUUUUAAAAAUAACAAACAGAAAAUUCUACUGUAAGUGGUUUCAGUCUGAGACAAUAUUCAGUUCCCGUUCUUAAUGGUAUAAAACCAUACUCUACAACUUUCUUCAAAUAAAUUUUUGAACCGGUGUUUACCAUAAUUGCUAAAUUUUCAUUAAAGUAUUAC